CGUACGCUUCGGUAAACACAUGGCAGUCUGCCGGCCGUAUAUCUGCCCAGCUACAGGCAUCCUGUCCUAGUAAGUCACCAACUUUCUGCUGCAAUCCUCUCGAUCACACACACAAUCUGCCUCUGUAUCACGCCAUUUGAGUGAGAGAAAGAGAGUACUGCAGUGACAAGAAUCCCAUCUCUUCCCUCCCGCAUACCCCAAACACACUACACCGUUGAAGCCAUAAGAUUGAAUUGAGAGCGAGCGUGAGCAAGAAGUCAUCCACACGCCAGGCGGUACGUCUUGUGCAGGUCCAGGAAUGGAAUCCUCGCUAACCACAUCGUCUCUUCUACGUGUCCUCGCCCUAGGUUUACUGACCGUCCCGGCCGCCUCCUUUCCUUAUCAGCUUGACGAGCGUCCUGGAUUUCAUGGCGAGCCACCCAUCGGUCCACCUUUCCACGGCCCUCCGUUCGGAGGCCCGGGCAGAUUCCCUCCCGGCGCGUCUGGAUGGAGUGAUCCCGUCGGGACUGGCGGAUGGGGAUAUGGCGGACAGUCAUUUAGCCCCGUGAGAACCAGUGACCCGAACAACGCGGCCACCGACUUCAUCCAAGGCCGCACCACUAGCACUACCCAGAGUGUUGUCACCAGCACUACCUUCAGCAGCUCGACGCACGGCCCGAAGCACACGACAGCGAGUUUUACCAGCACCCAAGACCCGGUCUCUACCGCCCUAUCUACUACCAAGAACCGCACCAAAAGCAUUACUGAGACCUUCACGUCGAUCACGAGCACCAGUCACGCCGGACGCAGCACCACCAGCACCUCUAACUCCACGAGUACCAUCUCCACGACCAGCGCAGCUCGCACUAGCACAGUCUCUGGCCUCACGACCAGCACAAGCACUACUCGCACACGGCGCAGGACCAAGAGCUCGACAGCAGACCCUGUACAAACCACCUCUAACUCCACGACUACCAUCUCGACUACAUCCGCGACCCGUAAUAGCACAACUUCCAGCGUCGCAACGAGCACAAGCACUACUCCCACUCGGCGUAGGACUAGAGGCCACAAAACGAGCGCUUCGAGCUCGAGCACAUCUACCGUAAGCACCUCCAACGCUACGAGCACCAUCUUGACUACCAUCAGGAGCCGGACGGGCACGGCUUCUGGCGCCACGACAACCACGAGCACAACCAACACCAGGCGCAGUACCACGAGCUCCACGAGCACCAGCACCGCCUCUACCGGCACCACGAGCUCAAGCACCGGAAGCACUACGAAAACCACAAGCUCCACAAUCAGCACUCCCACAAGCGUCGUCGUGCCUGGGGGCCAAGGUUUGGGUGAUACCUACACACUGUACCAAGGUGCUGGUACUAUCCAGGCUGGAUGGCCGGGGUUGAACGACUGGAUCGACUUUGACACUAUGUGGGAGAACAACCAAGCCUUGAUCAAGCCAUCGUGCUCUAAUCUGCAGGAGACCCUUGCCAAUGAUUCCCCGGACGAGAUUGAAGGCAUUUUGAAUGCGAUCAAUUCCGUCUCGGCCUCGACUGGUGUGCCUACGCAGUUUAUCCUUGCUGUCAUGAUCGAGGAGUCCAAAGGCUGCGUGCGUGUGCAGACGACUUUCAGCGUGCACCCCAACCCGGGAUUGAUGCAGAGCUUCAACGGCACAGGGACGUGCAACAACGAUGGAACCGUCCGCGAUCCCUGCCCCGACGGGGAGAUCAGGCAGAUGAUCAACGACGGAGUCGCCGGGACUGCUUCAGGCCCGGGCCUCGUGCAGGACUUGACGGAGGUUUCAGUGACCGACGUGAGCCGGUAUUACAAGGCUGCUCGCCUUUACAACUCCGGCUCGAUUCCUACCGACGGCAAUCUUUCUGGACCAGGCGCCAACCCAUGUUAUUGCUCCGACAUUGCUAACCGACUGACUGGAUGGGUGCUGGCUACGACGAAAUGCCAUCUGACUAAUACAGUGUGAGUGUUGUCUGCUGCAACUAAUUCGCAUAUUGAUUUACGAAGCGCGCUGGGGGCGGCGUCGGGCGCCCGGUCCGGCAUAGAGGGAAUCGGCCUGGCUGGUCAUGACUAUCAGGAUGUCUCAUGUAAAAUAGAUACGAUGCGUACGAUAAUAUGGAUGUCGAAAUAGAAUGUGCAACUCACUUCAACC